UUCCUGCUUGUCCUCCCUCCGGGAAACGCAUGCGCAGAGAGACACUUCUCCUCCCCUGUUUCCCAGAGUGCUCUGCGCGGUGAAGAAGCGUCGGUCGCGGGCUGGAGGCAUUUUGUGUCCUGGAUAUCAGCAGCGAAAGAGAGAGAGGAAGAGAGCGAGAGCAAGAGAGAGACAGACAAGAUGGCGGCGGCGGCCGAAUGAAGCGCAAGGCGGCGGCGGCGGCAGCCGGAUCCGCUCGAAUUUCUCCCUCCCUUCCCAGCCCUCAGGGCUGCCUUUCCUGAGAGGGCAGAGAGAGCGCUGACAGCCGCGGAAGCGUGUGGAGGGGGACGUCCGCUUCCUACAAAGGGGCCUGGUUGCGAACGGAGCCUCGGGGACCGGAGUCCUCCCUCCCGCCCCCCGUCCUCCAUACACUUCCCCCCUCCUCUUCUUCUUCCUCCCACCGACAGACCCCUCGAAAUCCUGGCUUUUUCGUAGCAGGAGCUCCUUGAGGAGAAACUCGGCAGUCGGGCUCUCGACGUGUGAACAAGCCCCCCUCCUCCCCCCCUCCCCGCUCGCGCUCUCCCUCGGUCGCCAUGGCGAGCAGCAGCGGCUCCAAGGCCGAGUUCAUCGUCGGGGGCAAAUACAAGCUGGUGCGGAAGAUCGGCUCGGGCUCCUUCGGGGACAUAUACUUGGCCAUCAAUAUCACCAACGGGGAGGAAGUAGCUGUGAAGUUGGAGUCUCAGAAGGCCAGACAUCCCCAGCUGCUAUAUGAAAGCAAACUAUACAAGAUUCUGCAAGGGGGAGUUGGCAUCCCUCACAUAAGGUGGUAUGGUCAAGAGAAAGAUUAUAAUGUUCUAGUCAUGGAUCUUCUUGGACCCAGCCUUGAGGAUCUCUUCAACUUUUGUUCUCGAAGGUUCACAAUGAAAACAGUACUUAUGUUAGCAGACCAGAUGAUCAGUAGAAUUGAAUAUGUGCAUACAAAGAAUUUUAUACACAGAGACAUUAAACCAGAUAACUUCCUAAUGGGUAUCGGGCGUCACUGUAAUAAGUGUUUAGAAUCUCCAGUGGGGAAGAGGAAAAGAAGCAUGACUGUUAGUACUUCUCAGGACCCAUCUUUCUCAGGAUUAAACCAGUUAUUCCUUAUUGACUUUGGGUUGGCCAAAAAGUACCGGGACAACAGGACAAGGCAACAUAUACCAUAUAGAGAAGACAAAAAUCUCACUGGCACAGCCAGAUACGCCAGCAUCAAUGCACAUCUCGGCAUUGAACAGAGUCGUCGUGAUGAUAUGGAGUCACUAGGAUACGUAUUGAUGUACUUUAACAGAACCAGCCUGCCGUGGCAAGGAUUAAAGGCUGCAACAAAGAAACAGAAAUAUGAAAAGAUUAGUGAAAAGAAGAUGUCUACUCCUGUUGAAGUUUUGUGUAAGGGUUUUCCUGCAGAAUUUGCAAUGUAUCUGAACUACUGUCGUGGCUUGCGCUUUGAAGAGGCUCCUGACUACAUGUAUCUGAGGCAGUUAUUCCGUAUCCUUUUCAGGACUCUGAAUCACCAAUAUGACUACACAUUUGACUGGACAAUGUUAAAGCAGAAAGCAGCACAGCAGGCAGCCUCUUCCAGUGGGCAGGGGCAGCAAGCCCAAACCCCCACAGGCAAGCAAACUGACAAAUCCAAGAGUAACAUGAAAGGUGGGGCAGAGAAGUGGAUGCAACACAGAGAAGAAACUCAAGGCAGAUUAGCGCAGAGUUCAAGUUUUGUCUUACGUAUAAUCAACACAUUUAAGGUUUUUGAGCAUGAAGAAGAGAACAGAUGAAGCAGAGCAGAAUGGAGCAGGAUCUAUCACUCCCCAAAUCCUAGGAAUUUUAGUUCAUAAACACACUUGCCGGUGGUUGUGGGCAACCAUCUACUUGAUGUAAAGAACUUAAUUUCAGUAUAAACUGGCUCUGGGCAGCGCCGUUGAUGCUGCAGCUUUGAGUUGUAGCAGCUGUAAUUGUGAAUAUUUCUGAGAUAGUGAAACAUGGUGUCCAGUUUUCUAUUGCAUUUUUUCAAGUGGAAAAGUUUAACUGAAUGGUUGACACACAAGUGGUGGAAAGAAUUGUGCAUAUGCCAAUUUUUGUAACCUUUUUACUUUGAACUACACUGCUUAUGAGAUCUCAUUGUUUUGGAAGAAUGGCAUGAACAAGUCUUCAGGAACAGUUGUGGUAAAUUGUAAAUGCUCACAAUUGUGCACACUUUCUGGGUAUUCCUCCCUGGUUUUGAAAGCUGUACACUUAAAACAUUCUUAAAAUUGCUGGUGUCUUGAGUGACGUAAGCCAGCUGACAAUGGUAGUAACCAAAGAUUCCAGUUUUUAAGCAUAUGAAAGACUCUGCCUGCUUACCUGUGCUAGAAGUAACAGCAUCUAAAGUGAAGACUUAAGAGAAACUUAGCGACUACUAGAUUAUCUUUAGGACUCUGCAUUAACUCUAUAAUGUUCUUGGUAUAAAAGGAGAAACAGCAUAUUUGUCACAAAUUUAGUUAACAUCUUACAACUGAAACUUGUAUGUAAGUUGUUUAGAUAAAUGUAAUCACUGUAAACAUCUAUAUGAACGAAUUUUGUUUUUAUUUUGGAAACGGGAGCUUUUUUGUUUACAAGUUCAUUAAAAACUAAACUGUUUCUGUAAGGAAAUGAGGUUUUUUUUUUUAUUUGCCUUGAUAAUUUGCAAUCUAAAUUAGACACCACCCUUUUUUAAAAUGGGCAACUACAAGGCCAUUUGUUAAAGCAAAAGUCCUAUUUCUUAAUCAUUUUAGAUCUAGUGUUGUAACUCUUCCUCACUUUUGUUUUUCAAUAAAUUUUGUAUUUUUUUUCUUGAUGGGGAGGGGCGCUCUUGCAUUUUUAUAAUCUGUUGCAUCGAUACCCAGCCCACUGUAACAAGAGACUGGAUAAAAAUAAAGGCAUCUUUUCAGACCCAUCACAGCAGCUCACAAGCCUUGCCGUUGUCUUGCAUUGGCUGGACUAAUUUGCAAAAGUAGCUUUGAAGAUUUAAAAUGGAAGUGUGUGGAGGAUUUUAAAAGAAGGAAUUUUCUUUUCAAGUUCUUGUGAAGUGGAUAUGACCAGAUUUACUCUUGUUCUCAGGCAGCAUCUCGGUGUGCUGUGUUCACAUGGGUUACUGCCUUAGGCUAUCCUCACUCUAAUCCAGCUAAAAGAUACUCUUACUGCUGGUGAUUCGUCUAACAGUGUAACUUAUUCCUUUAUAGCAUGUCAGAAUAAAUUUUAAAAGUUGUCUGAAAAUUCUGCCAGAUGCCUAUUGUGUACAUGGUUUUUAUGACUUUUGGACCUGUUAUGUGUUUGGGUUGCAGUGCAUAUUAUGCGGGACACUGAAGCUCUUGAACAGUUGUUUUUCCACAAAUUGAAUUUUCAGGUAUUUUAUGGUCAUGUGAACAAGAACAUUUUCAAGAUGCAUAGUCUACUUUUAAGAACAAUUUGUGGAAUGUUAUGUACUGGUAUGGUACAUGCAGGUUAGCUCAGUUAAGUGAGUUGGGCAUUUUACCUUUGCUUUAAAAAAAAAUGCAGACUAAACAAAAGCUCCUUAAUUGCUCAAGAAUUGAGAAAUGAUUGAAAUGGGUUAUACUGCAGAGACCAUGGGUAAUGUAUGGCACGUCUAGCUUUGUGAUGCAUUUUUCAAUCUCUCUAGGGAAUGAUAGGAAACCGGUAGAAUAGCAGAUAAAAGUUCAACUUGAAAAACAGUUGACUUGUUUAGCUACAGCUAUCACCUGAUUGAAGAAAUCUUAGUCUGUUUGCAUAACUUUCACUGAAUAAAUUAGAACAAAUUUGUAUAUAAGUAGCAUUAACAGCUUCAUUUUUUAAGUUUACAUUCAGCCUUCAAUCUGAAGAUUUGCAAAGAGGUGCAUAGCAAUAUAUUAAAUUCACAACCCAGUACAGGAACCAUAGAACAGAUAUCAAAACAAAAUAUCAAGAAAUAGAAAUUCUGACAAUCAAGCAGUAAUCCAAAUCCACAAGUCAGGGCAAAUAAAUGUCGUACAUAAUGCCUAAAAUAGGGGACAGUGCCAUAUCUCUGGUGAGGCAGUUCACACCCGGAGUGCCACAACAGAGAAGACCCUGCAGGGCCUCUCCUGCAGAUCCUUCCUGCCAUCCUGUACUUGAAUAGUACUUGUGCCCUAAACCAAAGUCAGCACCUUAAAUUGGGCUGGUAGCAAACAGGCAGACCAUGCUGAUCCUUAAGGAAUCACUGCUGCAGGAUCCUGCUUCGCUGCAGUUUCUGGACUAUUUUCAAGGGCAGCACCACACAGAGAACACCACAGUAUAUUUGAGAGGGUGCAUGUAGUACUACUAUAGCUAAAAAGAACUGUAGCUAGGCAUAGGUGUUCCUUGGCACUUGCGCCAUCUGGGCCUCAAGGUAACAUUGACCCCAAGACCCUUCUCUAAGCAAGGAUUGCAACUCCAUCCAGAACAGGCAGUCUUCCCAAACAGUUAGUCUUGCCAGGGUUAAGCUUCAGUUUAUUGGUCUUCAUCCAGCCCAUUGCCUCCAGGCAUCUGUCCAGCACCUGAAUCAGCCUCUUCUGAUUCAGAUGAAGUGGAGAGAUAAGGUUGUGUGUCAUUGGCAUGCUAAUGCCAUUUUACUUCCAAAUUUCCAGAUAACAGCUUCCAAGAGAUAGUAAAGAGCAUGGGGACAGACUUGUGCCCUGCCAGAUUCCACAGCAUAACUGCCAGGGGACAGAGCAAGUCUCCCAGUGCUACUCUUGAAUAUUAGUUCUGCAGUUAAGAGCAGAUGCACUACAAUAUGGUGCCUCUGACUCACGACCCACAGAGCUGAUUCAGGAGCAUACUAUGGUUAAUGGUAUCAAAUGGCCAUGGAGAAGAAGAGAACCAGCAGGAGUCAUGUGAGAUGACCAAGGCCAUUGCAGAGCUGUAAUAAUUAAUAAAGCCAGACUGAAAUGGGGCAGAAGCUGGCCAGUCAGCACCCUCUCAAUCACUUGCCCUGAAAAGACAUUUGUGGCUAGGUAAUAAUUAUAAUAUUUGUAUCCCAGCCGAGGCCGGGCUCGGAGCAGCUAACAUCAUGAAAACAACACAAUAAGCACAAAAACAGACAUCAGAUAAUUAAAAUGCAUCUUAAAAUAUUAAUAAAUUUUUAUUUGAUAAUAAAUUUUUACCGGGUAUUUGCAGUUACCCAAUACCUCCAGCUCCAGGGAGGGUCUCUUGAGAAGAGGCCUCACCACUGCCUUUUUGAGGACUGAGUAUGGCCUUCCUAAGUGAAGCAUUAACUGCUUCCUGGACCCCACUGAAUAAGGCCCUCCCUGCUAGCUUUUAUUUGCUAUGGUGGGCAAGGGUAGAGGUGGUAGGCUUGGACACCUAUCAGCACCUUGCCCCUCUGGCCACAAACUGAAACUGACCCUAAAAUCCCGGCGAGCCUCUGCCAGACUAGCUUUCUACCAGAGCAGUCCUUAUUCUAAAGGAACAAUUUUUAAAAAGAUGCCUCUUCUAAAAUUACUCUUGUUCAAACAGGCACCCCUCGUAAUCAUAAUCUGUGUCAAAAAGAUGGAUGUAUCUCUUAAGAUGGUGCCUAUUGUCAACACUGUGAGAAAAAGUUUACAUAAAAUGGGCAAUUAAUUGUGGGCAUCUUUUAGGUCAGUUGGCUAAAUGUUGCAACCCUGCUUUGAACCAAGAAUUCUGAACAAUGAAGUGUGCAGAUAAAACUGUUCACUAAGCUAAUGCUGGUGCCUUAAUUGCUAUCUGUAAUAAAGGCCAAGAAGUGCAGAAUGUUGAAUUAAACUUUCAAAAUCUAGGCUAUGAAUUUUUAACGGGUUGUGUUGCCACAUUGUUACAGGAAUCUACCGGUAACAAGAAAUUAUUUAGCAACAUGGCAGGUCUUUUCAGGCUCCCCCUCCUCCAUUUACUUAUUUAUUUUUAAACAACUGCAACAAACAUAUAAAGGUCUUUUCAAGCUACCUUUUAAUACAGAUGGAGCAGCAAGGCUAGAGGUUCCCCAAGCACUUGCCUUACAAUAAAAUAUUAAAAGUAUGCCAGAAGCUGCUCUUGAUAGAUACUAAGAAAAUAAUUCCUUAACAAUUCACAUCAAGACCAUAUAGUUAACAAUCACCUUUUCUUUACAGCCUUUGUGUCCGCAGUGGUCAGAAUUGCAGUUUGGUGGUCGUGUUGGAACUGGGCUUUUCUUAGCAUUGAUAAUAAGAUUCUGUUGGAGUCUUCAGGAAUUUGAGUUGAGUUCAAGUUUUCUUUCAAAUGUUUCUGGGCUACUAAGUGAAUAGAGAUUGCUGAAAACCCGUCAGCUAACUUUAUCCUAGGAUUGGUUCCACUGCUGGGUAUUAAACUAGCUUUGUACUGAAGUAGUAUUGUUCAGAGGUUCUAUACUCUCCAUGUCAUCCUGUUUUUAAGUAAACACUGUUUAAAACUUU